AUGACCGAUUUGUGCACCGCUUCCGCACAACACAAACAGAGACUCCAUUCGUACCAACGAUUAGGACUUUUGCUCAAACGUAUGACAUGUCUGUUGCCGACCACCGAACGGAUGGAACUGUUGGUCGGAGUGUUGGACCGAAUGGAUGCCUUUCCCACCGUUUCGCUCAACCCGUUGGAGAACCAGAGGAUGCGAGUGGUGUUCGAGUGCUUCGGACAACUCAUCCACAAAGUGAUCGCCGGUUGGGACGACUCUGAAGUGAAAUACGUGUAUCGCGUUCUUCACACGGUCACUCAUAUCGAGCAACGGAUCCAGAUCUUGACGAAGUGUCCGUUGGGUGCGCGACAACCGGUCGAGUACUUCGUGCGCUGUUUCUAUCGGUUCGUAUGCAUCGAUCCCUCGCAGAAGGACAACAAGAGUCAGACCAUCCCUGAGGCGCUCUUUUGGUUGAAUCGUAUCCUUAAA